CGGCCGCACAGGCUACGAUCUUCCUGUUAGUGGACAGUAAUGGCGGCUCCCAUGGAGGCAGCAGCUGGCAUGAACCUGAGCAACAUGAGCAACAUGCUGCAGUUCAUGAAAUUUAUCGGGCAACUCAAAAGAGUCCCGCGGACCGGCUGGGUGUACAAGGAGGUGAAGAAACCAGAGAGCGUAUCAGACCACAUGUACCGCAUGGCCAUGAUGUCUCUGACCAUCACUGACCCCACAGUGGACAAGGACAGGUGUAUAAAGCUGGCUCUGGUUCACGACAUGGCAGAGUGCAUUGUGGGAGAUAUCGCUCCCUCAGACAACGUCAGUAAAGCAGAGAAACACAGGAGAGAAGAGGAAGCGAUGAGACAUCUGUCAGGUCUCCUGCCAGAGGGUCUCAAACAGGAGAUCUAUGGGCUGUGGGAGGAAUAUGAAACUCAGAGCAGUGCAGAGGCCCGGCUGGUGAAACAGUUCGACAUCCUGGAGAUGAUCCUGCAGGCUCACGAGUACGAGGAGCUGGAGGGAGCGCCGGGAAGACUACAGGAGUUCUUCGACUCCACCAACGGCCGUUUCCACCACCCAGACGUGCUGCAGCUCGUCAGCUCUUUGAAUGAAGAGAGAGGGCGUCACAUGACUGAAACUGAUGGCACAAAGAACUCUGGGAACUCUGAGACCACUGGUGGCAAAUCUGCACAGCCACAUUCACCCCCACACACCUCCUGACUGUAACGCACAAAACACAAACUCCUCCCAGGUGGACGGACAGAGAUAAUGGACACACAUCGCGCUCACACAACUACGUCACAUGAAAUGAGGGGAGACGGGGAGGGAAUCGAACCCACGGCCUCUGCAGGAGGACUCGAGCCUUUUGAUUACGCCCUCUGCAGGAUAGAAACGUACAUUGGUGAAUAAGGAAAUUGUGGCAUUUUUGACAAAUGAGAAAACAGUGGCUGGAGCUGAACUUUAUUUUAAGUCGAUCACGUUUUUUCAUUAACAUAAUAAUGUUAGUGCAUUUUCCUGCAGCUUCAGUAACAGUUCUGUCCUUUUUUUAAAAACAGUCACGUGAUGUUUGGUUUGAGUGAUUUUUAUUAUCAGACAUAAAAACAGUUGUUUAUAACAGCGUGUAAUUAAAUGUAUGAAUACAACUGAAUAUGUUAAACACAA